UCCUUACCGUUUGGUUAGGGAAAGCACAGACAGCUCUCGCAGUUCAUACAAGUGUCACCCGGCCCGGUCUCUUCCUUACAUCAACUGUUAAAAAUAAAAGCUAACGGUGGGCAGACGACGGGCUGCAGGUGAAAUGGAUGAACCGUCCGAACAAAUGAGGCCCCUUUUAAGAACAGGUCUCGAUGAGGAGGCACUAGUUGACCAUGGGAAGAGCAGCUUCACCACUCACACAAACUAUGAAAAGGAAGAUUUGGAUAGCCACAGAGCUGUGUACGUAGGCGUCCAUGUUCCUCUUGGAAGGGAGAGCAAACGGAGGCAUCGCCACCGAGGGCACAAACACCACCGAAAGAAGAAGGAGAGAGACUCUGAGGAGGGGAAGGAAGAUGGCAGGGAAUCCCCCACUUAUGACACACCAUCCCAGCGGGUCCAGUUCAUCCUGGGUACAGAGGAUGAUGACCUCGAGCACGUCCCCCAUGACCUCUUCACUGAGCUGGACGAACUCUCCUUCAGACAUGGCAGUGCCACUGAAUGGAAGGAAACUGCCAGAUGGUUGAAGUUUGAAGAGGAUGUGGAAGAUGGCGGGGAGAGGUGGAGUAAACCCUAUGUAGCUACGUUGUCACUACACAGCUUAUUUGAGCUGCGUAGCUGCAUACUCAACGGCACAGUCAUGCUAGAUAUGAGGGCCAACAGUAUCGAGGAAAUUGCAGACAUGCUGAUAGACAGCAUGGUGGCAUCAGGCCAGCUGAAGGAGGAUUUGCGCGAGAAGGUGCGGGAAGCCAUGCUGAAGAAACACCACCACCAGAAUGAGAGAAAACUCAGCAAUCGCAUCCCUCUGGUGCGCUCCAUUGCUGACAUAGGCAAGAAACAUUCUGACCCACUCUUGCUUGAAAGAAACGGAGAGGGCCUGUCCUCUUCACGUCUCUCUCUCCACAAGCCAGGGGCAACCUCCUCUGUCUCCAACCUCUCCCAGAGACGAGAGUCCAGGGUCUCCAUCCUGCUCAACCAUCUCCUACCCUCUUCUAACUCCAACACUGGGCACGCCCCAGGGUCCCCGCUCCUCGCCACCACUCAAAAUACCCCUGCUGCCUUCCAGCACUCCUCCCAAACCCACGGCGCAGGCCUCGGCCCUCAAGGCAUCCCUGAAGUUGUGGUGUCGCCUCCCGAGGAUGACGGCCCACCGCACUCUGCAGGAGAAGAUGCCUCAUCACCAGAGCUCAGCCGUCGAGCGUCCUCGGCAUCCCAGGGCUUCGAGCUGCUGCCCUUAGAAGGACCACUGGUGUCUCUGAACUCUGUCCCAAACAACCUGGAUGGCAACAAGGCUGUGGAGAGGAGACCGUCCAAAGUAGGGGUCAGUAGAGAAGGCAGCAGUGUCGACUUCAGCAAGGUGGACAUGAAUUUCAUGAAAAAGAUUCCUCCGGGUGCUGAAGCUUCCAACGUACUGGUGGGAGAAGUGGACUUCCUGGAGAAGCCCAUAAUUGCCUUUGUACGACUGUCCCCUGCGGUCCUCAUCACAGGCCUCACAGAGGUGCCUGUGCCCACGAGGUUUCUUUUCCUGCUUUUGGGUCCUCAUGGCAAAGGGCCCCAGUACCAUGAGAUUGGCAGAUCCAUGGCCACACUAAUGACAGAUGAGAUUUUCCACGAUGUGGCAUACAAGGCAAAAGACCGCACAGACCUGCUGUCGGGGAUAGAUGAGUUCCUUGAUCAAGUGACUGUCCUGCCUCCUGGAGAAUGGGACCCCACAAUCCGGAUUGAGCCUCCCAAGAAUGUCCCAUCUCAGAUGAAGAGGAAGAGACCACCCCAACCCAACGGCAUCCUCGUCUCCUGCGGAGAGAUGGACAAGGAAGAGGACCAUAACACAGGGCCUGAGCUGCAGAGGACCGGGAGGAUAUUUGGAGGGCUGUUCCUGGACGUCAAGCGGAAGUUACCGUUCUACUGGAGCGACAUCAGAGACUCCUUCAGUCUGCAGUGUCUAGCCUCCGUCCUGUUCCUCUACUGCGCCUGCAUGUCCCCGGUCAUCACAUUUGGAGGUCUGCUUGGGGAGGCAACAAAAGGCAACAUAAGUGCCAUAGAGUCUCUGUUUGGGGCGUCUCUUACAGGAGUGGCAUACUCCCUCUUCUCAGGCCAGCCCCUCACUAUUCUUGGCAGCACGGGCCCUGUUUUAGUGUUCGAGAAGAUCCUCUUCAAGUUCUGCAACGACUACGGCCUGUCCUACCUGUCGCUGCGGACCAGCAUUGGUCUGUGGACAGCCUUCAUGUGUCUGGUCCUGGUGGCCACAGAUGCUAGCUCCCUGGUCUGCUACAUCACUCGAUUCACAGAGGAGGCCUUCGCUGCACUCAUCUGCAUCAUCUUCAUCUACGAGGCGCUAGAGAAGCUCUUUCACCUGGGAGAACACUUCCCUGUCAACAUGCACAACAACUUGGACAACCUGACCCUGUAUUCGUGUCAGUGCUCUCCUCCAGUCAACGCCUCAGAUCAGCUUAUGCAGAAUUGGAACCAGACAGGAUACAGCCCAGACUCUAUCCCAUGGAGCAGCCUCAAUGUCUCGAUGUGUAAGACACUCAGUGGGGAGUUUAUGGGUCCUGCCUGCGGUCAUCAUGGGCCUUACAUCCCAGAUGUUCUCUUCUGGUCCAUCAUCCUCUUCUUCACCACCUUCUUCCUGUCCUCCUUCCUUAAGCAGUUCAAGACAGAGAGAUAUUUUCCCACCAGGGUGCGAUCAACGAUCAGCGACUUCGCUGUGUUUAUAACCAUCAUGAUCAUGGUGUUGGUGGACUAUCUAAUGGGGAUCCCCUCUCCUAAACUUAAUGUCCCUGACCGCUUUGAGCCAACUUCAAAGAACAGAGGCUGGCUGAUGGACCCGUUAGGAGAAAAUCCCUGGUGGACGCUGCUGGUGGCAGCACUUCCUGCCCUGCUCUGCACCAUCCUCAUCUUUAUGGACCAGCAGAUCACUGCAGUCAUCAUCAACCGCAAGGAGCACAAGCUCAAGAAAGGCUGUGGCUAUCACCUGGAUUUGCUAAUAGUGGCGAUUAUGCUGGGUGUGUGCUCCAUUAUGGGCUUGCCGUGGUUCGUGGCUGCAACCGUCCUCUCCAUCUCUCACGUUAACAGCCUGAAAGUGGAGUCUGGAUGCUCCGCUCCAGGAGAGCAGCCCAAGUUUCUGGGCAUCCGGGAGCAGCGUGUCACUGGAUUCAUGAUCUUUGUCCUCAUGGGUUGUUCUGUUUUCAUGACAUCGGUGCUCAAGUUUAUUCCUAUGCCAGUCCUGUAUGGAGUCUUUCUCUACAUGGGUGUCUCUUCCCUCAAAGGCAUUCAAUUCUUUGACAGAAUCAAGCUGUUCGGCAUGCCUGCCAAGCACCAGCCUGAUCUGAUCUAUCUGCGCUAUGUGCCGCUGUGGAAGGUCCAUAUCUUCACCCUGGUGCAGCUCACCUGUUUGGUGCUGCUCUGGGUCAUCAAGGCCUCUUCUGCAGCCGUUGUGUUUCCCAUGAUGGUUCUGGCGCUGGUCUUUAUCCGAAAGCUUCUGGAUGUUUUCUUCACAAAGAGAGAGAUGAGCUGGCUGGACGACUUGAUUCCAGAAAGCAAGAAGAAGAAAGAGGACGACAAGAAGAAGAAAGCGCGACAAAAAGCUGGAAGAAGAGUCCAUACUGCACGAAGCAGAGGCGAGGGGAUUGAAGGGCAACUUUGAAGGCUCAAACCUGCUCAACAUCCCAGUGAAAGCACUCUCAGGGAGCCAGGAGAAGAUGGCCUGCGUUAAAGUCGACAUCAGCCCAGAUACGCCAGGAGGUUCCAGUUCCGAGACCUUCCUGUGACAAAUGAACGCCCUCCUCCCCUCUUGAUACCUUCUCCCACACAACACUUCACCCCGCUGACGAGCACCAUCUUAGUGGCAAAGGGGGCAUAGAACUGGAGCAGCACAACCUGCCUGCAGUGCUCCCUUUUUCGGGCAGCAGACGAGCUCCCCCAGGGCUGCGAGUCCUCCUCCACUCAAGUCUUGAAGUGUGCAGCGCAUGUACAAAUGGCUGCCAUAUAAUGCACUGUAGAGAGCACAUCUCAGAGGAAUGCUACUGCCCACCGACGCUCACUGUCUAGGAAGUGUCUCCAUCUAGCAAUUUGUCACACAUUGAAACCACAGAUGCCAAAGGAAUGGGCCUCACUGGUGAGGAUCUUGGACUGUGUGAAAUUAAUUUGACUUUUAACCCACUCUACAUUUUCAUUUUAAUGUUACUGUUGUUUUAGCUGAUCACAGUACUGUUCAUUUUGGGUUCAUACACCAUGUGUUGCCCUGCACUGUUUGUUUCCAUGUAUUUUAGGUCGGAUUAAGACCCUUCACCGAACUACACCAGCUUCAAAACUCAUUUGAUUAAAAGCCACGCAGGUACCGUCAGUGUCGGCUAAUUUAUAUUUCAUCAUUUGUAUGGCACAGUAAAUGAGACAAACCAAAAUAGAAGUACAUUCAGAUAGAUACUACUACUACACCACACUACUACGUACAUCUUUGUAGUGUUUUUCAUGAAUGGUCUCUCCUGUCUGUAGGGGAACACUCAGUAUUAUUGCUGCUCAUAAGUUGGUCCGUUGUUUUCACUGUAAACAUCACUGUUCAUAGUGUAUGUUAUCUUAUAGAAAUAUUAUUAUGUAUGUAUACUUUGUUCUUUUAAUUUGUAACGUUACAGAAAACCUAUUUCAGAGGCCAUAUGAAGUCUGUACUGUUCAGUAAGCACUUUGCCAGUAUAGUUUGUUACCUAAAAUGGAUGUUAAUAAAAAAGAUGACUCCUCCCACCAUAUCUAUAAAUCUGUUGUUAAAACAACUCAGGAAUCUUGAAUGAUUUCUGACUGUGGUCACUUGAUUGAUUUUAUCACAAGGCAGUGAUAAUUAGCUGUCCACUGUAUUCCUUUCAUCGCUGGUAUCACAACUAUUUUAAUAAAUGCUGUAAAUCAUAAAUUAGAGUAAGUUGGUAAAUAAAAAAAAGAGAAUAUUCGUGACC